AUGCCAUCACCCGCCAGAUCUGUUAGUGAAGAUAUAAGGAGUGAAAGAAGGUGAAUCAAUGUAAAGUCAGAACUGCAUUGAGUAAGAUGAGCUAAUUCAUCACCAUUAUAAGGCUUAUAGCCCUUCACUUGGACAACUACAUCUUAGGCAAAUCUAGCAAUUUGUAUUUGUAUUUAUUAGCAAAGUCAACAAACUAAAUUGUCGUUAAAUAUAUUGUGCUUGAUAACUAUUGUUCUUCAUUUGUAGAUCACAUCGUAGAGUUGGUGAGACACCUCGUUUUACUCCCACACAUAAAUACAAUGUUUGGGAAGAUGAUCGCCGCAGUACUGGAGCAACACCAAGAUUCUCCAAAGGAAAAAGUAAGAACUUGACUGGUAGCUUACACCAUUUUACAUACAGAAAGUUCUCAAAAAUGAUGAAAUUAUGUAUGUUGUGUUCAAUGCCACAACUUUCUGUGGGAAUAAAGUGCAAAAUAAUUUUUGGAUUAAGUACAGACUGUCACCUACAGUAUAUAAGAGAUAGACUUCCUGAGAGGCAGUUCGCCCAAAGCCAGUCUCCUGUAGGGAAGGUAAGGGUAUUUUAUGAUGGGUUGUAUUCUGGGCCCAGGCCCAGUUGUUCGAAGGCCGAUUAGUGCUUACCCCAGUGUUAAAUUUAACCCAGGUUUCUUUUUCUUGUGUUCAAAAGCAUUUUCUCGGAAAAUUUUCUCUGUUAUUUUUAGAGCUUCCAAUCAUCAACUUAUAGACAAAAAGAAUUAAAACUGAAAUGCUUUUUAAGCUUCAAAUCUGAAUUUAAACCUGCCACUAACCCUGGGUAAUCUUAACCUAGCUUUGAACAACUUUGCCCAGGUUCUUUAGGGCUAGGUUGGCAGCAAUUGGUCAUGAUCAAUAAUAAUAAGAAAUUAUGAUCACAUUCCACACAGCUAAAAGUGUACAUGCCAUCAAUGUGUUUUUAGGAUCCGAUGUUAGGCAUGAAUCACAAUUUCCAUCAGAUGUUGACAGGGAAGAGUGGGAAGAAGAACAAAAGGUAAUUGUCACUUGUUCAAAACCAAAUUUUAAACAUGGCAUUUUAAAAGCUUGGUAUUUUAGCCAUAGUCCAGUCGUACCAUUAUGAAAGGUGGAUGUAUAAAAUUAUGUUGAACAUUAGUAGUCGAUGUAAUAUUAAUAAUAUUAUUAUUAUUAAUUUAUAUUAGUGCUAUUCAGCUAAUCUUCCAUAAUUGAGCCUAUUGUUGAGAAUCUUAGAUUCCUAUAAGAUAUACAUUUAUGAAAUAACUAAGAUAGUAGGCGCGCUCUGAUUGGCCGAGAGGAGUGUUUGCAUGAGAGUAUGUAAACAUGGUUGUGGCUUCAAGUUGUUUGGCUUUUCGCGCGCUAAUCACGCAAGCUCGAAUUUGAAAAAGUUUUCGAGUUCAAAACUUGGCAAGUUUACUUUAUUUGCCCAUUCCUUGGUCGGCUGAAACAUGGAAAAUCAUUACAUAGAAGGUGAGUCAAUUUUUCUUCGCUUAAGCUGACAUUUUAAGCGAGAAAAAUCCGUAUUUUGUAAAGCAUCUUUUUGCAAAACAAGAACUGAUUACGCGUGCAAGACUUUGUGGACAAGAUUUUGCUACUGGUAAGAAUUUCUCUUUUAAUCAGUGCCAUACGAAGAGUUUUGCGUUUUUUUCUCGGGAAAGUUAUUUUAUAAAAGCAAUAGAAAACUUUUUUCCUGUGUUUGCAUAGCCUGAUAUAAACACUCGAGGCGUUGGGAGAAUUCUGGACGGUUAUGCAAACCCUCGACUUCGUUUCCGGUUUGCAUAACUGUCUCGAAUUCUCCCAACCCCUCUCGUGUUUAUAUCAGGCUAUGCAAACACGGAAAACGUUUUCUAUUGCUUAAGUAAUAUUAUUAUAUAAUGGAGUCUCUUUAAAUUUGUUGACUAUUACUAUAACUGUCUUUACAUUUUAACAGAGACUUGACCGUGCCUGGUAUGACAUGGAUUCUGGUUACGAUGAAACACACAAUCCAUUUGCUGAUGUUAGUGAAGAGUACACUAAAAAGAAGGAAGAAAACAUGGCAAAGAAAGCAGUCAAAAGAAUGUCUGCUCAGCAGCGUCAGAUCAAUAAGGUAUACGCAAAAGUAAUAAGUAUCAAAUAAUUUCAAUUGAACACUUGUUUUCAUUGUCAUUGUUUUAUUAUUAUUAUUAUUAUUAUUAUUAUUAUUAUUAUUGAUGCUUUAUUACAACGACUCAGAAGGUUCACGUAGUCAAUGUACUUCGUUAUCCAGUUAUGAGGUCCCUGAUGUCUACAUUUGUACUCAACUUGAUGUUUUGACCAUUAUGGGUUGAAGUUAAUCUACUUGGAUUUUUUUUCUUCAGGAUAAUGACCUUUGGGAGACUAACAGAAUGUUAACAAGUGGUGUAGUACAAAAAUUAGAGGUUGAUGAUGAUUUUGAAGAUGACCAAGAAGCCAAAGUCCAUUUGUUGGUCCACAACAUAAUGUUCCACCCUUCCUGGAUGGACGAAUUGUCUUCACAAAACAACCAGAACCUGUUAUUCCAGUCAAGGUAUUUAAAUAACCCAGUUUAUACAUUUACAAGUUUGGUGGAGGAGUUAAUCUCGGAACUACCAAGACUUCCUCAAAUACUCCUAGGGUCAGGGUGGGAUGUCAACUUGGGGCCUUCAGAUUUCAAGUCCAAUGUUCCAACUGAUUGGCCAUGCAUGCUGCCACCUAUGCAUUAUCUCCAGGAGUAGGGCGAUGAAUUUUCAGUUUCUAAGCAAACAAAACUAACCUGGUUUUAGUGUCAAAUGAAGGCAUUGAUAUUCUCCCGUUAAUGAUAUUUUUUAACUAAUGGGUGUUAAAUUAUUUUAAUAGCAACCUAAGGAGCAAAAAAAAGUGUAAAUUGUAAUUUGUUUACCGACAGAGCACUAAGGAGUUCAUAAGAACUUGCUGAAACGUGUCCGUGCGUUCCAGAUCGAAUUGGAAUUUGAAAGUGUUGGUUUUUAAGGAGAGGGGAAAACUGGAGUACCCGAAGAAAAACCUCUCGGAGCAAGGGAGAGAACCAACAACAAACUCAACCCACAUAUGGCAUUGACGCCAGGAUUCGAACCCAGGCCACAUUGGUGGGAGGCGAGAGCUCUCACCACUGCGCCACCCUUGCUCCCCAAUAUCAAGUGAUUAAUUUUUUUGCAUGUUUGAUUGAAAGUUACAAUUUGUACAGAGUUAUUGUACAGUGUAACUGACCAAAUGUGUACACCUUUACUUAUUUGUAGGAUUCCACCUCUGACAUGGCCACGAUUUCUAGAAAAGGCUGCCAUGUUGUACGCCUGCACAGAGAGCAGAAAGAACGACAGAAAGCUCAGCACAAGGAUUGGGAACUUGCAGGAACUAAACUGGGGAACAUUUUGGGAGUGA